AUGGUUGAUGAGGAAAAGGCCGUCAAAUUCGCGGCAGUGGCUCGCGAUUGCGCGAAAACCUCAAGAAAACAGAUUGAGGGUAUCAGCUUGCUAGAUGUCAAAAAUCGAGAAAUGAUUAGUUACAUGGCAGAGUUAUCGUUAUUAAUGAGCCAUAUGAGCUGUGGGAAAUCGAUAAAGGAACAUCCUGCAGUGUUCAGAGCUUCCAAGCAUAGAACAAUUCUGGAGCGAUUGCGACCUAUAGAGCAGAAGAUGAAGUCUCAGAUUGAUAAGCUAUCGCAGACUGGCUUGAACCAUGAAGCAAAACAAACCUUGCGAGCACGACCUGAGCAAAUGGAGUUUGACGAUGAUGAAGCGGAGUCAGACGAAGAGGAAGAAGGUGAAAAUCAACCUAAAAAGAAGGAGAAAAAGUAUGUCCCGCCGAAAAUGGUGGCAGUGAGAUAUGAAGAGGAAGAGAACGAGAAAGAGACUAAGGCAAUGGAGAGAGCCAAGCGGCGCGCUCUACAAAGCAGUCUUGUGCAGGAGCUUCGACAGCAAUAUAGUGAUGCUCCAGAAGAGUUCCGAGAAAAGAGUCGAAGGAAGUUUGAGGCAGAUAAAGAAAGAGAGAGAUACGAGGAAGACAACUUCAUCCGUUUGCGAAUGAGCAAAGCUGAGAAGAAGCGAGAACGACUUAUGAAUCGUGACAAUGCUAUCGAUGAUCUAUUCAACUUUGGCAACUAUAUGAUGCGCGACGAAUCCGGUGAAGCCCUCUCUACUGGUAAGAAAAGGAAAAAUAGUCAAUCAGGAGGGCCUAAAGGAAAGAAGUCGCGCUUGUUACGGAAGAAAGGGCAGAAGUUGAAAAUGAAAUCUAAGCACAAGGCUAUCAAACGACGACAGUAG